AUGACAAGCGUCCACCAGGACCAGGCCAUUUUACUCUUUAUACAACCACUCAGUACACAACUUCAAACAAAUGACACAAUAACGUUCUCGCAAGCAGAUAUUAGUAAUGGCAGCGUUCACGCACCAUCUAGUGACAGUGUUCUCGGGUCCCCAUCUAGUAAAGAUGUUGAGAGGUUCAACGGUCUUACAGAAGAGGAUGUCAAGGAUAAGGUUUUGCCGGACCAUUUAAAAGAAGGCUUGGAUAUUGUUAUCGUUGGUAUCAACCCUAGCUUAGCUUCCGCAUCUGUCGGCCAUCACUACGCCGGUCCUGGCAACCACUUUUGGACUUGUAUUUCACAAGCCGGUCUAGUCCCAGAAAUGGUUACCUGCUACGAUGAUGAGAGGAUGUUGGAUUACGGUAUUGGAUUCACAAACGUUUGUACUAGACCGACUAAAGGCGCGGCUGAGCUUACCAGGAAGGAAAUGAAGGCUGGUGCAGCGAUAAUGUUGGAGAAGAUGAGAAAGUACAGGCCAAAAAUCGCUGUCUUCAAUGGGAAAGGUAUUUACGAAGCAUACGUGGGACAUAAAAAUUUCAGCAUGGGUCGACAACCUACAACUCUUGAUGGAACGGAUACGACAAUUUUCGUCAUGCCUUCCUCGAGCGCUCGUUGUGCUCAGCUGCCUAGAGCCGAAGACAAGCUGCCUUUCUUUGUCGCUCUUCGCAAACUGCGGGACUACAUUCGGGGUGACCUGUCUGAACUUCCCGAUUCCGAGGUGGUGUUUGCCGACUAUACCGAGUUUCGCGUCACGCAGCCCGACCCGAAAAGUCUUCGUAAGGCGGAACGAAGACGAAAACGUAAGGCAGAGGCAGCGGCUGCCGCAGCAGCAGCGGCGGCGGCGGCAAUCUCUGGUGGUGGCUCGGUCGAUGGAGGAAUGGUGAAUGGUUCAAUGGUCUCAGCUUCGUUGAUGUUGGACUCAAUGACAGGUGUAAUCUCCAAGCCAACGGCAACGAAUGGUAUCCCUGACGGAAAAAACAGAUCCAAAUCAAAGAAUGCUAAGCGCAAUCGACCUUCCGGUGGUCUCCCUGAAUCUGGUAUCUCCCAAGCUCUACCCAACCAAUCCGUUUCAACCAUCGCACUUACCACAGAAGCACAACUACAACAGCAACAGCAGCUGCAACAGUUCCAGCAACAGCAACAGCAACAACAAGCAUAUCUCCUCCAACAACAGCUCCAGCAACAAUACUCCCUUCCUGUCACUCAACAUGCAACUCUACAGCCAGCUCAACAGCAGAUGCUUGUUAGUGGCGGCCAGCUCAUGUCCGCGUCGCCCAUGGUAACGUUAUCCAUGUCUGCCUGCCCAACUGCUGCUACUAUCCCUAUGCAUCCAGGUUGGUUUUCAUGA